UCCCACUUGGGGCACUGCAGCACUUUCACUUCCCUCAGGUGCCCAACCCCUGCCCCAGCAUAUGGGAGCACCGUGGUCUACACUUGUUGCCAAGAACAGGAUGCAGACUCUGAGAGAGGGGCCGUGACAAGGUGAAGAUGUCGGCCCAGGACAGCUGCCUCAGCCUCAUCAAGUACCUCCUCUUCGUUUUCAACCUCUUCUUCUUCGUCCUAGGCAGCCUUAUCUUCUGCUUUGGCAUCUGGAUACUCAUUGACAAGACCAGCUUCGUGUCCUUUGUAGGCUUGUCCUUCGUGCCCCUGCAGAUCUGGUCCAAGGCCCUGGCCAUCUCAGGAAUUCUCACCAUGGGCCUUGCCCUCCUGGGCUGUGUGGGGGCCCUGAAGGAGCUCCGCUGCCUCCUGGGCCUGUAUUUUGGGAUACUGCUGCUCCUGUUUGCCACGCAGAUCACCCUGGGAAUCCUCAUCUCCACUCAGCGGAUGCGGCUGGAACGGAGGGUGAAGGACAUCGUGAUGGAGACAAUCCAAAACUACCGCUCGCGCCCGGAGGAGUCGGCGGCGGAAGAGAGCUGGGACUACGUGCAGUUCCAGCUGCGCUGCUGCGGCUGGAACUCUCCUCGGGACUGGUUCAGUAUCCCCAGCCUCAUCAGCAACGAGUCGGAGGUGCAUCGCGUGCCCUGCUCCUGCUAUAAUUCAUCAGCGACCAAUGACUCCGCAGUCUUCGAUAAGCUCUCGUUCCCCCAGUUCAGCCGGCUCCGACCACUGGCGCGGCCCCGGCACAGUACAGACCUUUGCGUGGUUCCUGCAAACAGCAAUAUCUACAACGAGGGCUGCGCGCGGAGCCUCCAAAAGUGGUUGCACGACAACCUCAUCUCCAUAGUGGGCAUUUGUCUGGGCGUCGGUCUACUUGAGGUGAGUGUAGCGGGGCUGAGCCUGCUGCUACUGCGCUGCGCGCUCCGCCGGGAACGCCAGCUUCAGGUGCCGGGCGCCUGUGGUUCGAGCCCCGGGCCUGGUCCGAGUGCUGAUGGCGGCGGCGGGCGCUGUGGUGUACUGAGCAGCAGCGCGCGUAGCGGCGGUCUGUGGGGUGGCUGGGGCAUGGCGGAUGCCUGUCCCAACUGGGGGGACAAGUCCCCACAGGGCAAGCUGCCCAUGGCCCUGGGGCCCUGGCCGCUUUGGGAUCAAGACGAGGAACAACCUGAGACCAGGAGCGCGGGCGAGGAGGUGGAGGUCGAGGUGGAAUUAGCGGCCGAGGCAGAGAGGGAGACAGAUGAGCCUCCGGAAUAAAGUAUCCUGGGCUAGCUGCGGAUCUCACUCCUUCCCAGGCUCUAAACCUGCGCUAGACGCAGCUGGAUACGCCCUACCCCACCCUACUCCCCUUCUUUCCAUCUUCCCUCCGCGCCCCGCAUCUUUGGUAACUUAGCCCAAGCCCCCAAAUUCCCAUCCCUGACCCCAUCUGUCUCAACCUGGCGGAGCUCCCCCUCUAGCCCCACCCUUCGCCGCCGCUCCCAUGACCCCAUCCCACCCAAAUCUCCGCGCUUUUCUUCCCCUGGCGCCACCCCUUUUUUCUCCCUCGGAACCCCCACUAUCCCGACCCCAGUCCGCCUAGCCGGCACCCCGUGGACCUCUCUGACCAGGU